UAAAGGUGCCGUGUGCAGUUCUGUUAAAACGUAGGACAAUUCGUACUUUUCUCAGUUCUGGACUGAUCAUCAGUUUAACUAUCUUCAAGCAGCUUGUGUGCUUACUCGUGUUGUUUUCAUUCGGUCUAACCUCUUAGUGUUCGAUCUUUUAUAAUUGUUCGAUUGGCAGUUAGUUAAACUACAACUUUACACGACAAAAUGCCACCUUUCGUAGCACCACAAGCCCCUAAAUGCCCGAAAUGCGGCAAAAGCGUAUACGCCGCUGAAGAAAGAGUAGCCGGUGGCUUGAAAUGGCACAAGACUUGCUUCAAAUGCGGUUUAUGCGGUAAAUUCUUGGACUCGACGAACUGCACAGAACACGAAAAUGAAUUAUACUGUAAGAACUGCCAUGGACGUAAAUUCGGUAUUAAAGGAUACGGUUUCGGAGCAGGAGCCGGAGCUUUGAAUAUGGAUGCCGGAGACCAAUUCCAGAAUGGCAUAGGACCCAAGACCAAUGCUCCACUGGAAUCAAGAGCCAUUGCCAAGGCUCCAGAAGGUGAAGGAUGUCCACGUUGCGGUGGUUAUGUGUACGCAGCUGAGCAAAUGCUGGCCAGAGGAAGGGGUUGGCAUCGUGAAUGUUUUAAGUGUGGGGAUUGUUCCAAACGUCUAGAUUCAGUGAACUGUUGCGAAGGACCAGAUAAAGAUAUCUAUUGUAAAGUAUGUUAUGCAAAACGUUAUGGACCCCGAGGUAUAGGUCAUGGGGGCGGGUCUACAAUUGGUCUAACGUGCGAUUUACUCGACAGUGAUUCAUCUGUAGCUGCUCCUCGUACCACUGUGAUCGAUACGGCUAGAAUUAAAGCUAAGCCAGGCGAAGGUUGCCCCAGAUGUGGUGGAGCAGUAUUUGCUGCCGAAUUGGUGCUAGCUAAAUCAAGAGAAUGGCACAGAAAAUGUUUCAAAUGUAGAGACUGCAACAAAACCUUAGACUCGAUUAUAGCUUGCGACGGACCCGACAAAGAUGUUUAUUGUAAAACUUGCUACGGAAAGAAAUGGGGACCUCACGGUUACGGUUUCGCUUGCGGUUCUGGCUUCCUACAAACCGACGGAUUAACAGAAGACGAAAUCUCAUCUACUAGACCUUUCUAUAAUCCCGACACUACUUCUAUUAAAGCUACAGAUGGCGAUGGAUGUCCACGAUGCGGAGGAAAAGUAUUUGCCGCUGAACAACAAUUAGCUAAAGGAACAAUGUGGCAUAAAAAAUGUUUCAAUUGUGCCAAUUGCCAUCGCCCAUUGGAUUCCAUGUUGGCAUGUGAUGGUCCUGAUAAAGAAAUUUACUGCAGAUCUUGCUACGGAAAGAAUUUCGGACCGAAAGGUUUCGGAUAUGGUCACUCUCCCACUUUAGUUUCUACUAGUGGCGAAUCAACUAUUUUAUUCCCUGAAACUAGACCACAGACUGGUAUAAAAGGUAGAAAUGGUGAUGGCUGUCCUAGAUGUGAUUACAAAGUAUACGCUGCUGAACAAAUGAUUAGUAAAAACAAGAUUUGGCACAGACGCUGUUUCACGUGCGGAGAUUGCUCUCGAUCAUUAGACUCUACGAAUUUGAAUGAUGGUCCCGAUGGUGAUAUUUACUGCCGAGGAUGUUACGGAAAACACUUCGGACCCAAAGGUGUAGGUUUCGGUUUGGGAGCCGGAGCUUUGACAAUGGCCUAAAUUUCACAUCUUUAUUUCUAGCCUAAGAGGCUACCUGGAUUCUGGCGAAAAGGAUUAAGCGAACGCAUCUGUUUAUUUUAUAACUUUUUAACCGUGUAAAUAAAAUAUCAAUAUCGUAAUACCAGCGACUUAUAUUUAUUAACUAUUUCUUUUUUUUCAUCAUCGUUUUCAUUAUCGAAAAUAAUUUAUUAUUCAUGUUAUUAACUUAAAAUGUCCUUUUUAAGCGAUCGUGUAUCCAAGAAUUCGAAUAAAUUUUUUCAUCGAA